AUGACCUCAGAAACCAUGUACGGCAGCUGGUCUCUCCGAGUCGACAAUUCUAAGCCUACCUUGAAGGCGCUGGUUGACACUCCACUAGAUGAUGCCAAAGACAAUCUCACGACUCCCGCUGUUAUCAACGAGGGGGACCAUAACACCCUAGUCAAUCUUCAAGUACAAUUCAAGGACCGAGAGAAGGGUGCCAGCCAUUGGAGCAAAGCUACAGGAUUGCUCAUCAGACCAGAUCUCGUAGUUACAACGGGUCACGCCACCUACGAUCAUGAUAAUGGACGAGGAAAGGCUGUUGAAGUACUCGCUUACGUGGGCUACAAUAGUAAGAAGCCUAUCGAUGACCCCAGUGUUCACGUCCGCAAAGGUCUCAAAGUUGCUGUACCUAAGGCCUGGAUUGAUGGGGAUCGAUAUCGGACGCAGGAUAUUGCUUUCAUUCAGCUUGAUCGUCCCUUCAAAGAUAUCAUGCCUUUCCAGUAUGGUGCCAAACCAGGGGGUGGUGAUCAUCCUUCCCUGGGAGUGAUUGGCUAUCCCGGCGAUAGCGACAGCGAUGGGGCUGCGGUACAGAUGUAUGGAAGCUGGAAUGGAGAGACAUAUGGUCUUGCCAAGGAACCUGGAGGCCAGCACUUUACCAGAAGUGCAUCCCGAAUCCCUCUUGAGGGAGUUAUGAAGGCUAUGGAUGGCUCUGGAACAGCAGUGAAAACGGUCGGAGGUAUUGAUUACAUUCAUGUACGGGGUCCGAAUAACGCUUGA